GGCGGGCGGCGGCGGCGGCAGCAGCGUGGUACCGCUAUGGGCCGCAAGAAGAAGAAGGGCCCGGGCGGCCGUGAGGGGCGGCUGGUGCUGACUUUCGAUGAGGAGAGGCGGAGGGAGUACCUGACCGGCUUCCACAAGCGGAAGGUGGAGCGGAGGAAAGCGGCGCUGGAGGAGAUCAAACGGAAGCUAAAAGAGGAGCAGAGAAAGAUGAAAGAGGAGCGGCACCAGGAGUACCUGAAGAUGCUGAGCGAGAGGGAGGAGGCGCUCGAUGAGGCUGAUGAACUGGAGCACUUGGUGACAUCUCGGACAGAGUCUGUGAACAUUGACCACCCAAACCACAUCGUAACAGUGACCACCAUCAGUGACCUCGACCUCUCAGGGGCACGCCAGCUGGGACUGACCACCCCUGUGGGAAAAAGUGAUGGAUCAGAAGAAGAGAAAGAGAAAGGGGAAGAGGUGGCAAACAAGCCUGUAAGAGCAAUGCCCAAGAAGUCCAGAAACCCCUUCCUGUCUGACAAAAUCUCUGCUCUUACUGCCACGCUGCACAUGCACAGCCAGAAAAAGACAAAAGGAAAGAGAUCCCAACGUGGGCAAGGUCCACGGAAGAAAAUCCAGAAGUCCGGCACGGGGCGAACCACCAAGACUCAGCGACGGAGACUGACGGGCAAAAUGGGCCGUGACCAAGACUAACGGAGAAACUAAUGUUCAAACCACCAGCUGGGACAGUGCUCCACGUCUAGCCUGCUGCUCUUUGGGGCCCUGUUGUUGUGGGCAAGCAGCUUGUUUACUUGGUGCUCUGACCAGCAGUGAGCCCAGUUCAGCCUUUCUUUAGCCUCUGGAGCACUGGCCAGGGUGACUAGACACUCUUCCGAUUUAUUUCUGCAUUGAUCUCCAGCUAAGUGUCUGAGUGCCACAGAGUCUCUUGAAAACUUCUGCUGAGGGUCACAUUUGCUAUUUGGUGUAACCCUUCUGUCCUUGGGCCUCCCCUUUCAGAGCUGAUAUUUGGCUUUGUCAAAGAAAAGGAUCUAGGGCAGAGUGCAACAGGCACAUCAUCAUCACAGCAAUUUGAGAGACUUGGAAGAGCUUUGCUUCCGCUCCUGCAUCAGUGCCCUGGCAUUUCUGCUGUGCAGUAAAUCCUUUUUCCAUGGAGACAUGGUGUCAUCUUGUCUCAUGCCACACCUGAAUGCAGGAGUGCUUUUUGUUUUGUACCUGUGCCAGGUAAAGUUGGGUAACUUUUUGAAUAAAUCUGAAGUCGUUUUGCUAAGAAAAAAACCAUUCGUGACUUAUCUGAAGCAUAACAGGAGCUGUGCUAAUGCCAGUACCAGCUGGAAAGAGAGGGAGGUAAUUCCUGGUGCUUAAAGGAUAUUGAAAUCCACUGGUGCUUGGAAAAUGGAAUAGCUAGGAGCUAUUUCUGUGGUAAGGCAGAGCCAGCCAGAGCAGGAACGGCUCAUUCCAUUGUCUGCUGAAUAUGCCGAUCUUAACUGCGAUAGCUCAGAGGAGUAUGAAAUGCCCUAAUGCCCUUGCUGUAUGUGGGUGGCCCUCUCCAGGGUGGGAGUGGCAGAGGCUGCCCUUGCCCUUUACCUCAGGGCUGCUGCAGUUGUUAGCAGCUAAUUGCCUUUCUUCUUAGGACUUCAGUGUAUGUUUUUUACUGUGGUUGCAUUUGGCGGGUGGGGGAAAAAAAUGUUUGCGUGGCCGAGAUUGAGGAAUACUGAUGGCAAAACUCUGAGUGAAUCCUCUGAGGAGAGUGAGCCCAGGCAGCAUGCUGGCCUCUGUCCUGGAGUAUCUGUAGGAAAUGGCCGUUCUGCCUCUGUCAGCCAGGCCUCCUCCCAUGCCAUAUGUGUACUGGCAAGGAAAUGACAAAGAAAGAAAAGGCCUCUGUGUCCAAAACCCACACCAAAAAAAUUUGGAACCCAGAAACGGACAAGUAAAUAGAUUCCUGAUGCCAGAAAUGGGAGGGAAAAGAGUAAACCGGUGCCUGAGGCUUUGUGGAGGAACAUCAGAACAGUGUUGAUGGCCACCAGCCACUAAAGCAAAUGGCACCAUCCUCCAUGUAUCUCUCCAUAGUUUCUUGGAGAAACUAUGUGUGCACACACAAAUUCUUCAGUGUGUUAAGGAGGAGAGUACAACCUCAACACUGACAGCAGCAACACAAUUUCUGCUAAAGAGAGAGUUCUGAAGGGAACUGCGUGGCUCACGUGCAUAUGGUAAGGAAUGGGGUCCUUUUGUACCUCCCUUUCCCUUCUGAAGAAGGUAAAUGCUGGGGAAGUGGACACUGUUAUCCCAUGUGCCAGGGGUGCCUUGUGUGCUUGGAUUCCAAGUCCCAUCCUGGGAUGAGUUCUUGGGCACUAGUGCUGCAUAAUCUCAGUCACAUCAUUAAAGUGUGUGUGGUUUCCUUGCCUCCAAAACAGUUCUUAAACACUGCCUUAUAGACCACUCCAGAAAGGGUAUGGGCUUUAAUGCAUUACCGUAAUCUAUCUACCUGUCUCACUUGGGGUCAUUGGGUGUUUCAGAGAUGCAAAACCAAAACUCAGGCAAGGCCAAAAGUCUGAUGCUGGACUGGAUCUCAUCCAAAGUGUCCAAGAGGUGCUAUGUGUGGAGCAUAAAAUAUUUCUUGUUCUGGUUUGGGAGAGUUACAUGCUCUAUGGUGUUCUGUGUUGUUUGGUUUGAGAGGGAUGGAGGAGGGAAGGAGAGGGAAGUUCUGUCUGGAGAGGUGUACUACACCAAGGGGACUGCAGCUCAAAGCUAGAGGACAGAGUGUAACACCGUUGGUCUGGAUUUUAAGGCAGCUUUCCCUUCUCUCCAGGACGUAAUGCCUUUGUGGAGUGACCAUGGUCAGAAGGUGCUUCCCCAUCCAAGGAGUUUGCUCUGGACCUGGGAAGGUCACUGUAAAGGAAAUGCACCAUCUGUCUCUGAAAUCUGCUGGAGUGUGGACUCUGGAAUAUGGGUCGGUUGCCUUCCCCAGCCUGUAGACAGCCAGCCUGGCAUGAUAGCUGAGACAGUGCUGGAUGACCUCAUUGUAAUCCUGAUGGGAUGUUAAGAGUGACCUCAGCAGCAAUUCAGUUUUUGUCAUUUUGCUGCCAGGUGAGCUGGAAAAAUCUCACUUUUAGUUUGCUGUUUCUCUGGCCUUAAUAACAUCUUUCUCAAGUGUCAGCUAGUGUCAGCUGAAAUCUCCAACAGCCUCCUUGAAAGCUUCCAGUUCCUGCUGGAAGAUGAGUUUUCAAAUGAUAUUAAAAAAAAAAAGCAUAUGGAAAAACUGAGAACAUAACUGUUAAAUCUUGUGCUGCGUUAACCAUCAGGAUUGUUCACUGCACUAUUGAUUUCUCCAUUUGAUCGAUUAAAGCUUUAUUUUGUAAUGUAAA